AGUCCACUUGUUGUCUCAUACUAAAACAUGUCAGAUUUCAAAUGUCAAUGCUCUCUCGUGAUAGUUGAAAAAACUAGAAUAUUCUGUUAAUACACUUUAUAUUUAAAGGGAUUAAUUGAAUAACAUGUUUUCUGAUUAUGUGUUAAUACUAUAGCUCUAUUUUUUCAUCAGCAUUUCUAAUUAAAGAAACGUAUAUUUUUUAAAAUUAUUUAAUCACAUUUUUCAUGAUAGUGAACAAGUGAUACUACAAAUAAACGUAAUAGUGAUAAUUUCUGUUAAUGCUCUAAAAUGUCAAGACCAGUCAAUAGGCAUUAUUUAUUUAUUUUAAUCACAUUAUUAAUCUUUUGUGUUAGUAUAUCUGAUCAGAGUAUUGCUGAUGAUGUACCAGUAACAAAACUUAGUCAAAAUGUCGGUACACCUACAAUCAAAUUUCUUUACUGUUAUUCAUGUGGUUAUAAGAACAUGUUUGAUCAGUAUUCCAACAUUAUUAAUCAAAAGUAUCCAGAGAUUCUCGUGGAUGGUGCCAAUUAUGAUCCACCAGGUUUAAAUAUGUUUAUAGCAAGAGCAAUAGGUUGGAUCAAAAUGGCCAUAAUCCUAUGUAUACUUUCAAAUAUCAACAUUUUUGAAUACUUCAAUCAAGCAAGACCGUCAUGGUGGAUAUGGUGUGUUGAAAAUAAACUAUAUGCCUGUAUGAUGUUGUUCUUUCUCUCCAAUAUUCUCGAAGGUCAACUCAUCCAAUCUGGAGCAUUCGAGAUAUCUCUGAAUGAUAUACCGGUUUGGUCAAAGUUAGAAACCGGUCGUAUACCUCAACCUACAGAAUUAUUCCAAAUAAUCGACAGUCAUAUGCAAUUUGACAAUAAAAUAGAACUGAAUAAUUUUGCUAAAUAAUAUUGAUUCUCUCCUAAUGAAUAUCUAGGAGAGAAUCAUGGAGAAUCUUCAUUAUAACAUGUUGUUAUUCUACCCCUUAUCUUUGAUGUAACUCUAUUAAGUAGGGUUUCUAUAAUCCAAAUAUCUAAAAAGUUUAAACUAUAUUCGGAUUUAUAGUGUGUUCGAAUUACAAUAUGUAAAUAUUUUUUUUAAACAAACUAAUAAAACGUAAAAAUAAAUUUACAAUUCUAUAGUCUAUACAGUUAAAUUACUCUUCAGAGAUACGAUGACUAAAAACAUGUAAUUCUUCUGUUAUUGGUUGGAGAAAACAAUUAGUUGAAGAUUCUUAUGGAUAAACUUUAAUAUUAAAAUAAUUCAUGGUCAAGUUUUUUAUUUCCGGUUGAAUGUAGUACUGGUUCUAUUCAGUGCAAUGAUAUUUAUAAUUAUAGAUUUUUGGCAACUAAAAAUGUUUUGCAUAUUAUUUCUUUAGGUGAAAUAAUUAAAAAAAAAUAGGUAUGUUGUCAGAACAAAACUUUUAAUUCAAUAAUUGGGAAUAACUUUGGUAAGGUUCAUUCACUUUCUAAUUGGUGUCAGAUUCCUCAAGGAUUAUUAUUUAAUAUGUUUAUCAAUAUAAUCAUUUACAAAAGAAUUAAAACCGUAAAAUGUUUUAUUUAAAAUUUUUCCUGUAUUAGGAUUCUAUUUUAAUAAAGAAUUUUAAAUUAAAA